AUGAAGUUCAAGAAGCUUACCAACGCUCAGCGAUCUGGUUUGAACCAGAUUCCCAACCGUCGUUUCACCCUCUGGUGGUCCCCCACGAUCAAUCGAGCCAACGUCUAUGUUGGUUUCCAGGUGCAGCUGGAUCUCACCGGUAUCUUCUUGCACGGCAAGAUUCCAACCCUGAAGAUCUCUUUGAUCCAGAUCUUCCGUGCCCACUUGUGGCAGAAAAUCCACGAGUCCGUGGUCAUGGACUUGUGUCAGGUGUUUGACCAAGAACUGGAACAGCUUGGCGUCGAGGCGGUUCAAAAGGAGACAAUCCACCCGCGUAAAUCUUACAAGAUGAACAGCUCUUGCGCGGAUAUCCUUCUCUUCGCGACCAACAAGUGGAACGUCACCCGACCUUCUCUGUUGUUCGAUACGAAGGACGUCUACGAACCCAACACGACGAACAAGUUCUGGCUUGAUGUGCAGCUGAGGUACGGCGAUUACGAUUCACAUGAUAUUGAACGCUACGUCCGUGCCAAGUAUCUCGACUACACCACCGACAGCAUGAGCAUCUAUCCUUCCGCCACUGGUCUGAUGAUCGGCAUCGACCUUGCCUACAACCUGUACUCGGCUUAUGGCCAGUACUUCCCGGGCCUGAAGACUUUGAUCCAGCAGGCCAUGGCCAAGGUUAUGAAAGCGAAUCCAGCUUUGUAUGUGCUGCGUGAGCGUAUCCGUAAGGGUCUGCAGCUGUACGCUUCGGAGUCCAACCAGGAGUUCCUCAACUCGCAGAACUACUCGGAGCUAUUCAGUCCCCAGAUUCAGCUGUUCAUCGAUGACACCAAUGUCUACCGUGUCACGAUCCACAAGACGUUCGAAGGUAACUUGACCACAAAGCCCAUCAACGGUGCAAUCUUCAUCUUCAAUCCCCGAACUGGACAGCUGUUCUUGAAGAUUAUUCACACCAGCGUGUGGGCUGGCCAGAAGCGUCUUGGUCAGUUGGCCAAAUGGAAGACAGCCGAAGAAGUGGCGGCUCUGAUUCGGUCUCUGCCUGUGGAAGAGCAACCGAAGCAGCUCAUCGUCACCCGGAAGGGUCUGCUUGAUCCUCUCGAGGUUCACCUUCUUGAUUUCCCCAACAUCUCCAUUCGUGCGUCCGAGCUCCAGCUUCCUUUCCAGGCUGCCAUGAAGGUUGAGAAGCUUGCGGACAUGAUUCUCCGGGCGACCGAGCCUCAGAUGGUUCUCUUCAACCUGUACGAUGAAUGGCUGAAGUCCAUCUCCCCGUACACCGCGUUCUCCCGACUGAUCCUCAUUCUUCGUGCGCUGCAUGUCAACAUCGACAAAGCUAAGAUCCUCCUGCGGCCCGAUAAGACCGUGAUCACUCAAGAGCAUCACAUCUGGCCAUCUCUCUCGGACGAGGACUGGAUCAAGGUGGAAGUGCAGCUGCGUGACCUGAUCUUGAACGAUUACGGAAAGAAGAACAAUGUCAACGUGCAGAGUUUGACCAGCAGCGAAGUCCGAGAUAUCAUCUUGGGUAUGGAGAUCAGCGCCCCAUCUCUGCAGCGACAGCAGGCUGCGGAGAUUGAGAAGCAGCAGGAGGAGGCGAAGCAACUCACUGCCGUCACGACCAAGACGCAGAACGUGCGUGGAGAGGAUAUCAUUGUCACCACCACGUCCCAGUAUGAACAGCAAUCGUUUGCCUCGAAGACGGAGUGGCGGACCCGCGCCAUCGCAACCUCGAACCUCCGGACGCGGUCGAACAACAUCUACGUCUCCUCUGACGAUAUCCGCGAGGAUGGCUAUACCUACAUCAUGCCCAAGAACAUUCUCAAGCGAUUCAUCACGAUCGCCGAUCUCCGUGUGCAGGUUUCUGGAUACAUCUAUGGCAGCUCGCCGCCUGACAACGACCAGGUCAAGGAGGUUCGUACCAUCGUGAUGAUUCCCCAGGUCGGAAACACCCGGGACGUGCAACUGCCGCAUCAGUUGCCCCAGCACGACUACCUGAACGGUCUGGAGCCGCUCGGUGUCAUCCACACGGUUUCGGGCAAUGAGCCGCCCUACAUGUCGGCGAUGGAUGUCACACAGCACGCGCGUCUCAUGAACGCACACCCCUCGUGGGACAAGAAGACCGUGACCAUGACCGUUUCGUUCACACCAGGGUCCGUCUCACUUGCCGCCUGGGGGCUCACCCCUACGGGCUACAAGUGGGGCGCCGAGAACAAGGACAUGAGUUCGGAUCAGCCGCAGGGCUUCUCCACCAACAUGGGUGAGAAGUGCCAGCUGCUCCUUAGUGACAAGAUCCGCGGCUAUUUCCUGGUACCCGAGGAUAAUGUCUGGAACUAUAGCUUUAUGGGUAGCUCCUUUGGCAGUGUGGAAAAGAGGCCCGUUUACGUCAAGAUUGACACCCCGCUGCGCUUCUAUGAUGACCAGCAUCGGCCCCUGCAUUUCCAGAACUUCGCUGAGCUCGAGGAUAUCUGGGUUGACCGGUCUGACAACUUUGAGUGA